AUGCCUGGUUUUUCGCAGGCCACAGAGCUCAGUGCCUGGAAGGAGCUCCAGGAGCACCAUAACUCCCUCGGACGCAACAUUGUCCUCAAGGAAUAUUUCGAGAAGGACCCCCAGCGCUUCGAGAAGUUCAGCCGCAGCUUCGCCAACACGGUUGACAACUCCGAGAUCCUCUUCGACUUCUCCAAGAACUUCAUCACCGAAGAGACCCUCUCUCUGCUCGUGAAGCUCGCCAAGGAAGCUGGCGUGGAGGAGCUCCGCGAUGCCAUGUUCAAGGGCGAGCCCAUCAACUUCACCGAGGACCGUGCCGUCUACCACGUUGCUCUGCGCAAUGUCAGCAACCAGCCCAUGCAGGUCAAUGGCCAGAGCGUUGUCGAGGAAGUCAACUCCGUGCUCGAGCACAUGAAGGAGUUCUCCGAGCAGGUCCGCAGCGGUGAAUGGAAGGGUUACACUGGCAAGAAGAUCAACACCAUCAUCAACGUCGGUAUCGGCGGCUCUGAUCUCGGUCCUGUCAUGGUCACGGAAGCCCUCAAGCCCUAUGGCGCCGAUGACCUGACCCUCCACUUCGUCUCCAACAUCGACGGAACUCACAUCGCGGAAGCCCUCAAGCACUCCGACCCCGAAACCACCCUCUUCCUGAUCGCUUCCAAGACAUUCACCACCGCAGAGACCACCACCAACGCCAACACGGCCAAGAAGUGGUUCCUCGAGACUGCCAAGGAUGAUGCCCACAUCGCGAAGCACUUCGUGGCCCUCUCCACCAACGAGGAGGAGGUGACCAAGUUCGGCAUUGACAAGAAGAACAUGUUCGGCUUCGAGUCCUGGGUGGGUGGCCGUUACUCCGUAUGGAGCGCCAUCGGUCUGUCCGUCGCCAUCUACAUCGGAUUCGACAACUUCCGUGACUUCCUGGCUGGUGCCCACGCCAUGGAUAAGCACUUCCAGGAAACCCCUCUGGAGCAGAACAUCCCCGUUCUGGGUGGUCUGCUGAGUGUCUGGUACAGCGACUUCUUCGGCGCCCAGACUCACCUUGUGGCCCCCUUCGAUCAGUACCUGCACCGCUUCCCGGCCUACCUGCAGCAGCUCUCCAUGGAGAGCAACGGCAAGGCCAUUACCCGCACGGGUGAAUACGUCAAGUACACCACCGGCCCCAUCCUGUUCGGUGAGCCCGCCACCAACGCCCAGCACAGCUUCUUCCAGCUGCUCCACCAGGGCACCAAGCUCAUCCCCUCGGACUUCAUCAUGGCUGCGGAGUCGCACAACCCCGUCGAGAACGGCAAGCACCAGCGCAUGCUGGCUUCCAACUUCCUUGCUCAGUCCGAGGCCUUGAUGGUCGGCAAGACCCCCGAGCAGGUCAAGACCGAAGGCGCCCCUGACAACCUGGUGCCCCACAAGACGUUCCUGGGUAACCGCCCGACCACCUCCAUCCUCGCCCAGAAGAUCACCCCUUCCACGCUUGGAGCCCUGAUCGCUUACUACGAGCACCUCACCUUCACCGAGGGCGCUGUCUGGAACAUCAACUCCUUCGACCAGUGGGGUGUUGAGCUGGGCAAGGUUCUUGCCAAGAAGAUCCAGAAGGAGCUGGAGACACCCGGAGCUGGUGAUGAUCACGACGCUUCCACCAGCGGUCUGCUCCUGGCCUUCAAGAAGAAGGCCAAUCUGGCUUAG